AUGGAUCCAGACCCAGAGCAGGACGAGGGUAGCUGCCUAGACUCAUGGAGCCCGGUCAACAGCAGCCACAGCGACUCUCAGCGAACAGGGAGGUCUCUUCCGGCUCCCCUCUGGACACUGUCCGGCCUGCUUCACCCAGACGACGGGCAGCCGUCGGCUUCUCAGUCGGAUGCCGUCAUUCUCCUGCCUCUUCAGACAGUGCACAAGGCCGCGCCAGGAUUGCCGCCUCCAAGCCGCCCGCCAGGAGUGCGUCCGGUCCAUGCACUUGCCUUUGCCUCCAGGUCUGCCGCCACGCCCUCGGAGCCUCAUGUACGUUGCCCCUCAGCCAUUGCAGCCGGACGCGACGAGGUCAACGGCGGCCAGGCACAGAUCACCAGGAAAGGCCAGGAAGCUUCCAGGAAGGCCAAGGCCCUCGAUCAGUGGAAGGAGCUUCUCUGGCUCCUCGGAGAGUCCGCCGAAGCUAAGUACUCGCAGCAGCUACUUAUGCAGAGUAUCAGCCCCUUCACCGCCGGGACCCUCGAGACCUAUCUAGCCGCAUGCCGUCAGUUCGUGGAGUACAUAGUGCUGAACAGCCUAGCCAUAGAAGAUCGAGAGGUUUGUCGCACAGGUAAGCCGGCCACAGCGUACCACCAGCCUAUGUCCUACAGCCAAGCACUUGGGAGCCUCAGGUACUUCACAACAAGCCGACAUCUGGGAGGCUCCUCACCAGAUUUGCUCACCCCCGAGGAGGCGUCUGCCUUCACAAUGCAUAGCCUCAAGGUAUGCCUACUCAGCGCCGGCGCUCAGCUACAAGCAGCCGACAAGAUACGACAACAGCAGGGGCACCAGAAGAGCCCUAGCGUGCAGCUAUACGGCAGAGACGAUACUCUCGGAGCAUUAGCCCUACAAACUGAGGUCACGUCAGCCUGCGCAUCGGGUUGGCGGCCUACCCGGCCCAUAGCCAGGGGCGGCCACCACCCGACUAUCGAGCCAUCGUUCCAGGUCCACUCCUCGUUGCCGCCUGUAACAUUCCAGCUGUCCACUCUGGGCCAGGGAUUGAGCCGUUUCAUUUAUGCCCGAGAGAUCGAAGUCGAGGACACGCAGCCUGCCUUCCUGGACGAUGCUCCGCCGCAAGCUCCGCCUUUAUCGGCAGAUGACACCCAGCACGAGGCCGAUGCCCAGACUCUACCGCCAACGAUACCUGCCGACGACAUUGAGGCCCUUCUAGUCGAGAGCUUCGCGUCAGCCAGGGACGACUCGUCCGACUCGGAAGAUCCUGACCGCCAGCCGAUGAUACAGGAAAUCAAGCUAUUCCAGAAUGGGCCAUGGGGCUCUGUACAUGCACAGCAACUGGGAUCGGAUAGGGCGGCCUGUGGUACUCUACGUUCUACGGCAGCCUUCUCCCCGUCCGAUCCCAAUGUAGCCUUCUUCUGUCGCAGAGCGGCCUGCCGACGCCUUUUGGACGCCCUGCCAUAG